GUCGUGAGAAGCUGGAACAGACGCCCUGCAAGGAACUCUUCAACGACUGCUGCAAUAUUGUUCGGGAGUACUUGAGUGGCGCUCCGUUCUCGUCCUACCAGGAGACGAUGUACUUCUCUCGCUUUCUGCAGUGGAAGUGGCUGGAGAGGCAACCAGUAACCAAAAAUACCUUCAGGCAUUACAGAGUACUAGGAAAAGGUGGAUUUGGUGAGGUGUGUGCCUGUCAGGUCCGGGCCACUGGUAAGAUGUACGCCUGUAAAAAGCUGGAGAAGAAGAGAGUGAAGAAGAGAAAAGGUGAAGCCAUGGCACUAAACGAAAAACGCAUUUUAGAAAAAGUUAACAGUAGUUUUGUAGUGAAUCUAGCCUAUGCGUAUGAGACGAAGGAUGCUCUGUGUUUAGUACUGACCAUAAUGAAUGGAGGAGACCUGAAGUUUCACAUCUAUAAUAUGGGGAACUCUGGCUUUGAUGAGCAGAGGGCCGUCUUCUACGCAGCAGAGAUCUGUUCUGGGCUGGAAGACCUGCACCGUGAGAGGAUCAUCUACCGGGACUUAAAACCUGAAAACAUUCUUCUAGACGACCGCGGACACAUUCGUAUCUCUGACCUGGGACUAGCUGUCCAGAUUCCCGACUCGGAGACGAUACGAGGGAGAGUGGGCACCGUAGGAUACAUGGCCCCAGAGGUGAUCCAGAAUGAGUCCUACUCCUUCAGUCCUGACUGGUGGGGUCUGGGCUGUCUGGUGUUUGAGAUGAUCCAGGGUCAGUCGCCCUUCCGCCGGCGUAAAGAACGAGUGAAGAGAGAAGAGGUGGACAGACGAGUGCGAGAAGACCCCGAGGAAUACUCUGACAAGUUCUCUGAGGAGGCCAAGGAUAUCUGCAGACAGCUGCUGGCCAAAGACCCCAAAGCCCGUCUGGGGUGCCAGGGGGGCGGUGUGGAGGUGAAAGCUCAUAUCAUCUUCAAGAACAUCAACUUCAAGCGCCUCGAGGCAGGCAUUCUGGAACCUCCCUUCAGUCCUGAUCCGCGGGCGGUGUACUGUAAAGAUGUUCUGGAUAUUGAACAGUUCUCUACAGAAGGAGUCAACCUGGACCCCACAGACGAUGACUUCUACCACAAGUUUGUUACAGGAAGUGUCUCCAUCCCUUGGCAGAACGAGAUGAUUGAGAUGGAGUGUUUUAAGGAGAUCAACGUCUAUGAGACCGAGGGCCUGCUGUGUUCAGAUCUGGAUGUGAACAGACCCAACCCACCGCCAAAGAGAGGAUUCUUCUACAGGCUGUUCAGACGAGAGGUCUGUUUAAAGAGUGGCUACGAAGACGAAGAGCAGGAGGAGCCUUCCCGACUUUAAACCACUCCUGCUCUCCCUCCUCCUCCUCCUCCUGCUCUCCCUCCUCCUCCUGCUCUCCCUCUUCCUCCUCCUCCUGCUCUCCCUCUUCCUCCUCCUCCUGCUCUCCCUCUUCCUCCUCCUCCUGCUC